AUGGCAACAAAGAAAACACAAUUUAAUACGAAAAAACCAAAAUCUGGUAGUUUUGCUGAUUUUUUAUACAAAGAUAGAUUUUAUAACAACAAAGGAAAAAAGAAAGUUGUAAAUAAAAAAUCAGUUGUUGAGUAUUCUGGUCUUUCAGCGCUUCAAGAGAAAAUUGAUACUAAUAAGAGAGUUGAACUGGAUAUAGAAAAUGACACUAAUUUAAGUGUAGAAAAAUUUAAGAAUUUGAUAAAUUCUUACAUUCAGAUUUUAAAUAGUUUAGACUAUUCAUUAUCAAUUCCACCCAGAGUUCCUUUUAGUAAUAUUAAGAAAGAACAUUACAAGUAUGUUGAACUUGCUGCUUUCAGUUAUUGGAAAUCUACAAAGGGUGACUUGAUAUUUGAGAGGAAUUUAGAAACUUGGAGACAGUUUUGGAUAACUUGUGAAAGAGCAACCAUUAUAGCACAAGUGAUUGAUUCAAGAAAUCCAAAUUUAUUUUUUAAUAAUGAUAUUUGUAAGGCUUUUCCAAAUAAGAAACAUUUAGCUUUGUGUAAUAAGUCUGAUUUGAUAGUUAAUGAUGAUAGUUUAAAAGAAUUUUUUACUGAUAUUGAUUAUUUAACUUAUUCAAGUAAAAGUGAUGAUAAUUUUUUAAACUUAGAAAUAAUAAUUGAUUCUAAGUUUAAAGAAUUAUUAGAUGAUCGUGACAGGAUGAUUGGAAUGAUUGGUUAUCCAAAUGUAGGUAAAAGUUCUACAAUUAACAUGAUUUUUAAAAAUAAGAAAGUGAGUGUUUCAAGCACGCCUGGUAAGACAAAGCAUUUACAAACAGUUAAUGGUAGUAAAUUUACUUUAUUAGAUUGUCCAGGACUGGUAUUUCCUAAACAUUCUAAAUUAACCUUACUUUUUAUGGGAGUAAUCAAUUCUGAACAAAUUUAUGAUUUAAUGAGUUUUGAAAAAGAUGUUUUAAGUGUCAUUGGAAUUCCUAAUAUAAUAAAAGCCUAUAAUUUAGAUGAAACUAAACUUAAAAAUAAUGAUAUAUUAGACUUAGUAGAAAAGUAUAAAGGAGUAAAUAGGAGUAGAUGUUUAAAAAUGAUCAUAACUGAUUUUGCAUUGGGACAAAAAAAUUUUAGUGAUUAA